AUGUCCUCUUCAACAACCACCGCUGAAAGUAUCCAUCAAUCAUCAUCAGAGCAUGCCCCUCCUGAGAACAUUGAAAUGUUUCCUGUGAGUAAUGGUCUUCCAACCGAUCAAAUAGAGUUCUCUCUGGUUCAAAUUCCUUUACCGACGACCCCGACUCUAAAUCCUUCAAAGGCCAGUCUUUUCGAAACGGCCACCACAGAUGAGUCUCGUUCCAUCCAUUAUUCAUCCUUAAUUGUGCCCAAAUUGAGUACCUCCUCUUCCAUGACUCCUCCCCACCUUCAAUCUUCAUGUGUGGACAUUCCGAAUUCACGAUCUGGUUACACCACUCCUCCCUCUUCCUUGUUAUUCUCUUCAUCAUUGAUUGCAACCACAUCAGCAUCAGCAACUCCCACCGCGGAUGGGGAAACUCCUUCCUACUCAUCCCUUGGUCAUAUUCCUUUCACAUCAACCUCCAUAACACUAAAGCCACAGGAAAAAGCCUCAGCUUCUCUCCCAUCUCAACCGGCCAAUGAAAAUCCCCAAAAACCCUCUCGAGCUAGUCCCAUUCCUAAAAUGCUUCUUCCUCCUGAUUCGCAUUCGUCGACUAGUAUGAAUACUGCACUAGCAAGCAUUGCACUCGAUCUGCCCAGCAGCCAUGACCUCCUUCCUCACCAGAAUUUCCAACAAGAAAUUCCUUCCCAGGCAGACAAUGACCAUGCUCUUCCAAACACCUCUCCUUUCCAUAAAACAUCCUCUUCCUAUAAUCGUUCACAACAGACCCAACAACAAGUCCAGCAGAAGAAUGAUGAGGAAGAAGUCACUGCCAAACAAAGCUUUCUAAUCUCUAUCAUUGGAUGUCUGGUGUUAAACAUGUUGGGACUCGGAUUGCUUUGCUCAUGUGUUGCAUUCUAUCCACUGUUGAAAUACAAAGCUUCUCCUAACAAGAAGGCAAGAAGGUAUGGCAAUAUGGGGUUAGCCUGUUUCAUAACAAUUUUUGUUAUUAAUGCUGUGAUUGUGACAGGAUUGGUUGUUGCUGUAGUAUUAUUAGUGAUCGAAAUUUUUCUCCUCCCAUGA